AUGACAGCAGGCGCCCCUGCUCCCAGACCCCCCCAAGCACUGGCCGAGACUACCAGCAGCACCGAUGGACAUAUAGACGGGGGUGCACUGGUCAUCGACGGACUACCAGCUACCUGGACGCAUGAGGAAGUGAUCCAGAAACUGCAACUGUGCUUGCAGCAGCUUACAAGCAUGCGGGUCGUGUUCUUAGAUUGCACCGUUGAGGCACACCCGAAUGUUGCUGCAUGCAGCAGCAAGCGGACAACCCAGCGGGUUCGAAUCACGACAACCCCAGCGGCAUAUUAUGCCUUGUACACAUUACGGAAGCAGCUGGGCCUGAAUGUGGAGGAAGGAGCGGAUGUGUCGUUCCCGGCUGUGCGGGUGACACUGGCACUCACAGCACUUGGUGAAUCGUACAAAAAAGGGUACCAGGACGUUUUUCGGCACCUAGUUGAUAGGCUAGCCAUUGUCAAUGGGCAGGCACCUGGUGAUGUGCCCGGGGGCUUCACGUACUCCAACUCAACUGAGGUUCACAGUUCUAUUGAUCUGUGCCUUGCAUCUUACGGGCUCUUCGAGCAGAUUAACACUCUCAAAGUCCUUAGAUCUUACUUAUGGGGUGAGUCUAAUGUGCUGAGUGAUCAUCACCCGCUUAUCCUUCGCCUGCAUGCCGAUUUGAGGCCAGGGGCUGCACGGGGUCAGAAGCCUCACCUAGCACGUGAACGGAUCCCUAUUUUUGAUAUUUCACGCAAGGGCCGCUUCAGUGAGCUUUUUCGUGAACCAGAUGGCAUUAUUACAGCGACCAUCAACUCUCUCAAGGAAAAGCUUGUGGAAGGGGCACCUUGUGGUGAAAGCAUGAAUGACUUGUGCACCCUUAUCGACACGUGUGCUAGAGAGACGUUCGGCGUUGCACGGGGGAUGGAAAAGUCUGUGAAGCGUGACUGGUGGAACGAGGAUUGUGCAGCUGCGUGGAAUGAUAUGAUGAGGUUCCGUAAGGAGGUCAGGGACCCCGUCUCAGGCAAGCUGCCCGAUCUACAUAGGAAUACCUGGAAGGCCAAGCACCGUGCCUUUAAGAAGGUUAGGAAGGCCGCUAUUCAGGAGAUUGAAAUGGAAGAUAUGCGGAGGAGGAUUAAGGACGCCCGGUCCAACCCACGCGGCUUGUGGACAUGGCUGCGUGGGGGAAAACCACCUCCUUGCGGGAUCUCAGAUAUUAAUGCUUUUACCGAGCGUUUUUGGUCGGGAGAGACGAGGCAAUGCCGCAAUGAGGGUAUUCAGUUUAAAUGGCUGGACGCAGACCAGGUGACGCACCGACGGGAAUUAGCUGCUUGGCUUAACAAGGAUUUUACGGAGGAUGAAAUUGCUAGAAGGGCAGGAGCCGUGUUUGUGUUGGCGCCUUACUCAACGGUGCUAUACAACCACAUAUACGGAGCUGAAUACCCGCGAGGAUUCAUGACUAGCACCCUGCCGGUAGCUAGCGCGGCACGUGUGACAAUUGAUGGGUAG